AUGGAGUGUUUGGAGGUCACAAAAAAUCUCAGUCGUUGUCGUAUCACUGAAUCAACAAUGCCAGCGUAUGGAAUGGACAUUGCUCUCAAUCGAAAGAUCGCAGCAAAACGUGAUCCAAAUCUUGAUCGAGGGGUACAAGAAUGGGUUGAAGCUAUAAUCGGAGAGAAAUUUCCGAGUGGUCCUUAUGAAGAUGCACUGAAAGAUGGUGUUAUCUUGUGCAAAUUAAUGAACAAACUUCAACCGGGUGCUAUUCCGAAAUUUGCUACAUCAGGUGGAUCAUUCAAAUUACGUGAGAAUAUCUCACUUUUUCAAAAUGCCGCUCGUGCUUAUGGUCUAAGUGAUGCUGAACUCUUUCAAACUAUUGACCUUUUUGAAAAACAUAAUAUUCCUCAAGUAACUCAGUGUAUUUUUGCACUUGGUCGAACUGCACAGAAAAAAAAAUUUAAUGGACCAACUCUUGGUCCGAAAAUGUCUGAUGCUAAUGUACGCGAUUUUACUGAAGAACAAUUACGUGCUGGACAAAGCACACUUGGUUUACUCAAUGAAGGCAUGACUAAAGGUACUCAAUCAAAAUCUGAAAAUAUCUCUUCAAUAUCUAAACAUCAAUCUCAAGUGGAAAAACCACAAAUCCGAGAAAAAAAUGGAAAUCGGUCAACUUAUACUGAAGCUAUUAGAGCAUCAUCAGAAUUGUCAGACAGCUCCAUUGUAUGUGACGAUCGUCAACGAUCCCAUAGUCGACAACGUCGAUCACAACAGCGUACAUUAAGCAGUUCUUCUGUUGAAAAUCUUCUUACUAAUCUACAUAAUAUUCAAUUACCACCAUUAGUAUCAUCAUCAUCAUUAUCAUCAUUACAUUCACAUAUGAAUGAACAACAAGAAGAACACGAAAUUAGUCUUCAACUGCUGGUUGAUCUUGCACGAGAUACAAAUUCAACACGAAUCAAUAAACUUAAUCGUCUUUAUUCAUUUCUUGAAGAUUCUAUUGGAAUGGUUGAACUUCGUAGUUUACUUAACUUUAUCAAAUCAUCAUCGUCUGAAAUAAAUAUUAAUGAACCUCCUCUCAAUCUUUAUUCAUCUAUUUUACCUAUUAUUAUUGCUUUAAUCUUGCUUGAAAAUGAUAUUUAA